CCGGGCUGGGCCCGUGAGAACAAUGGACCGAGGGUUCUCGGUGUCACUGUGACGAUGACCACGCUGGGCUUUCUCUUUGUGCUCGCCAGGAUCUACUGUCGCUUCAUUUCCGUUAGAAAGCUCGCGGUUGAUGAUUACAUUGUCGUACUUACUACCUUGAUGAGCAUAGUGAGCGUUGUGUUUGUCGGCGUCGCCGUCUCGUACGGGGCGGGGCGGCAUAUUGCCACAAUUCCGCCGAACGACGCCCACAAAGCUAUCUUUUACACCAUGGUGGCCUCCCCGCCAAGCAUAUUGGCAUUCACGGUUCCCAAGAUAGCCGUCCUCAUUUUGCUGGUGAAGGUUCUGUGCCCGAGCCGGCGGCACAGGGUAUUCAUGUGGACCAUUGCGGUUUUAGUCUCGCUAAUGUCGAUAGGCACCAUGGUCAUGAUUUGGGUGCAGUGUCAACCCGUGGCGGUGCAGUGGGGAGAAGCGAAAGGGACAUGCUGGAACCCCGAGGUUGUCUUCAUCUUUGGACUCGUGCAUGGCGUUUUAUCAGCGCUAUUCGACUUCUACCUGGCCAUGUAUCCGAGUAUUGUGCUGUCUUCCUUGCAUCGGGUCAACUGGAAAAAGAAGCUAGCACUAUCAUCUGCCCUUGGGUUUGGAUACUGUGCUAGCGGGGUCGCGGCCUACAAGGCCCAUACUCUAAGCCACCUUCUCUCGCUGAAAGAUUUCACAUUCGCCAUCGAUGACGUUGUCCUGUGGACGAACAUCGAGGGGAACCUCGUGCUAAUCGGCGCUUGCAUUCCGUGCCUUUACCCUCUUGUCAAGAAGCUCUUUGGCGUAACGGCACUU